GCCGGCUCCGCCACUUGGGGAGGUGUGGUUGGAGAGACCGAUGGCUGCCGACGGGGCCAAUUAGAAGCGUCGGCGGCAGCUGCGAUGCGCUUAGCCAAUAAGGAGCCCCGCUACAGCAGCCGCCUGUCGCUCUCCACUGCUGCUGAGUGUCUGGCAGGUCAGCUGUGGUCGCAGAAGUGAGAAAGAGGGCUCCUACUAGAUGGAAACCGUCAAGAGCUGUACACAGACCAGACUGGGUGGAGGGCUGGAAGUCCACAACUGCAGGAAUGAAAGUUUCUUCUAUUUUGCCUAUGCCAGUAACUUGUUGCAGGAGAGGAUAAUGUUAAGAAACCCAUCCGUGGUUUUUUUCACCCUGGCACGUCUACUGGACUACAAGCUUGCUUUUGGCUCUCAUCAUGGCAAACCAAGUUCUAGCUGGCAUGGAAGUACAGCAACUAUUGUUCAUAGCCCUGGUGAUGAAGUAUGGGGGAUAAUAUGGAAAAUGAAUACUACUGAUUUAUGUUCUCUGGAUAGGCAAGAGGGAGUUGAAGAUAGUAUUUACAUUCCAAUAGAAGUUGCUGUUCAGACUCCAGAAGGGAAAAUAUUUAAGUGUCGUUGUUACCAAAUGACUGACUAUGUCUCUGGUCUUCCUUCUCUGCAGUAUAAAAAGGUCAUCUGUAUGGGCGCAAAACAGAAUGGUUUGCCAUUGGACUAUCAGAAGAAAUUAGAAUCCAUAGAGGCUAGUGACUAUGCAGGAAAUGUGCCACUUUUUGAUGAAAUUGAAGCUGCCCUCAAUGCAAAUGAGACACCAAAAUAAUAAAGAACCAUUUUAGAA